CAGGGUAGCUCCGUCUUAGAGACAAAACCGAAGGGAACCCUGUGACAGGAAUACACUGAAUACAAAAACUCUGAAAUCAGUGUGAGCACCACGUUGGGUGUGCGCUCUUAAUUUACCUGGAAAGACUGUCGUUUAAGGUCCAUGAUGCAGUUCAUGCUGCUGUUCAGUCGGCAGGGAAAGCUGAGGCUGCAGAAGUGGUAUGUACCCCUGUCUGACAAGGAGAAGAAGAAGAUCACCCGGGAGCUGGUGCAGACCGUGCUGGCGCGCAAGCCCAAGAUGUGCAGCUUUCUCGAAUGGCGAGACCUCAAGAUUGUUUACAAAAGAUACGCCAGCCUGUAUUUCUGCUGCGCUAUAGAGGACCAGGACAACGAGCUGAUCACCCUGGAAAUCAUCCAUCGAUAUGUGGAGCUGCUGGAUAAGUAUUUUGGCAGUGUGUGUGAGCUAGACAUCAUCUUUAACUUUGAGAAAGCCUACUUCAUCCUGGACGAGUUCCUGCUGGGAGGCGAGGCGCAGGAGACCUCCAAGAAGAACGUCCUGAAGGCCAUAGAGCAAGCAGACCUGCUACAGGAGAAUCUAGAUUUUCAGAUUCGACUCUUUCCAGGUAUGAUGAGUCCUAAUAUGGCUGCAGAGUCCUCUGGUCUUUUCCAGAAUUAAACACAUGGAGCCACGACAUGAGUACUUUAAUGUGCCUGUGUAUUAAAUGCCCGCUGCUGCCCCCACCACUGCUGUUGCUGCUGUUGUUACUGCCGCCGCCACCGCUGCUGUCGCGGCCAGCUGUCCAUCCUGCAUGCCGAGCCACUUCACACGCCCUGCCCACAGCGUCCACUACUCAGCGCCCAGUUGUGCCUCCUCCUCCUCCUCCUCCUCUCCUUCUCCUUCACCUCCUCCCUCUCCAUCCUCACUGCCCUCUGUUGGCGGAAACGUGUCGGGGGAUCACUCAUGUCACGUGUCACCAGGCCCCCUGGGGCUGAUUCAUCUCCAUACACACUCAUGAACACACACACAAGUCAUCUGAAAUGGUCAUGUAUAGUUUUACUGUUUUCAUUCUCAUGUAUUCAUGAUGUCUCAUUUUCAGACCGAUCAGGAAAGGUUUUUGUUCUCUUCAUAUACACAUGGUACUGUGACAGAAGCCAUGCUUUUAUCAAGUUUAUUGUGAUGUUUUUACAUAUAAGGUCGCUAGGGCUUGUUUAACAUGAACUCAAAAUAAAGGUCAGUGUUAUAGGUAUAAAAUCAUAGGUUAGGAAUUUUAGUACUGUGAUGGUUUUACAAUGCAUACAUUCUGUAGGCAAAAUCCAGGAAACUGUUUUCUUAGGUUCAAUUAGACUAUAGUUUAAGGCAAUGAAAUGUAUUUGUUUAAGGUAAAAAGAAGUAGAUUGAUCUGUAUAGAAAAGGCAAAAUAUAAGAAGAUUCCAAAACUUAAAAGUACUGUAAGUAUGUUUGUAAUCAUAGGUUAACUCUAAGUGGCGGUAAUGCGUUCACUACUACUUCUAGGUAGCAUCUACACAUAACAAUUUUGUAAAUGUAUAAGUGUGAGAAAAAUUUGUGUAAUCAUCAAAAGUAUUACCUAUUCAAAUUUUGUGAAUUUUGCACAUUUGAUCAAUAAUUAGAUUAUUUAUUAUUUUGUGUUUGUUAAAAUGAAUAAAAUUGGGUCAACAAAGUAGACCCAAAAGUAGAUCUGUCAUUGAGUAUAAUUUUAUAUUGAGUAGAAUAUUUAUCACACGCAAUGGCUUUUCAACAAUCUGUAAAGCUGCAGUUUGUAGUUUUUGUUUACAGCAAAAAAUUAAAUUCCUCUAGAUCUACUAGAUUACUUAAAACUUCAUAUGCAAUGUAUUGGGUCUUGACGGCACUAAACAUCAUAAAUGAUCUACAAAUGGUGUCA